AUUGCCCGCGCAGCGCGAGCUAUAUGGAGGGACUCCUCGCCUCCGCCUUCAUUUCCACCACCUGCUCUGCUCUGCUCCGCUCCGCUCCUCCCCAGCCCACGCCCCCGCCUCCAUCCCCUCGCGUCGCACGCACGCGCUCGCCUGCGCCGCUCAGAUUCCUCGCAUCACCGCCGGCCAGCGCGCAACCGCCGCUCCCCCGAGCCUCCUGCUGCUAGCUGCCGCCCCGGUGCCGGCGCCGGCGCCUAAUGCGGGCCGGUGGCUAAGCCUAAGCCCUCCGGGUCCGGGCGUGUGAGAGACAAAGAGACAUGGGGGAGGGCGCGGUGGUGGUGCUGGAGGCGCCCAAGCCCAGGUCGCCGCCGAGGUACCCGGACAUGUGCGGCCGCCGGCGCCUGCAGCUGGAGGUGCAGAUCCUUGACCGCGAGCUCACGUUCCUCAAGGACGAGCUACAUUUACUUGAAGGGGCUCAACCGGUCUCACGUUCUGGUUGCUUGAAAGAGGUAAAUGAGUUUGUUGGUACAAAACAAGACCCACUAAUACCAAUUAACAAAAGGAAGCACCGGUCCUGCCGUCUUUAUUGGUGGAUCAGAUCAAAACUGUGCAUAUGUGCUUCAUGGCUGUGCUGCUCCUGCCAAUGCCUACCAACUUGCAAAAGACCAAGGUGCUUUGACUGUUCAUGCUGCGAGCCAAACUGCUCAUGCUGCAGCCCGAACUGCUGCAGCUGCAGCUGCUUCAAGAUCCCUCCAUGCUGCAAACCAAGCUGCGGCUGCUUCGACUGCUGCAGCUGCAGCUGCAGCAAACCACAGUGCUGCAGCGGCGGCUGUAACCCUUGCGGCGAGUGCAAGCCGGAGUGCGGCUCAUGUUCCGGCGGCGGCUGCUGCGGCGACUGCAAGCCAAGCUGCAGCUGCUGCGGCGAGCAGUGCUGCAGCUGCGCGGGCUGCUCCUGCCCUCGAUGCACAGGGGGCUGCCUCAGCUGCUUCAAGCUCCCCAAAUGCUCCUGCGCGCGGUGCUUCAACUGCCAGUCGUCCUGCUGCAAGGGGCAGCCGUCGUGCUUCAGGUGCCAGUCGUCGUGCUGCGACAAGGGGGGCUGCUGCAGCGGCGGGUCGUGCCUGAGCUGCCCGAAGCCGUCGUGCCCCGAGUGCUCCUGCGGGUGCGUGUGGUCGUGCAAAAACUGUACAGACGGAUGCCGAUGCGCCCGGUGCUGUGCUGGCGGGUGCCUGUGCUAAGUUAGGCCACAUGGUGUUUAAGCCUUUCUCUUUUGGUAGUAGUUGCCUUUGUGCUUGCUGUUUUAAGCCUUUGUUUGGGUCCGUUCGGGGCGAUUGACAUAUGGUGGGUGUUUCUCGCAUGUAAAGAAAUAACUUGACCUCCGGAUCACAAGGCGGAGUGAAGUAGCUCUAGUAUCAGUAGCCAAGUUAUAUAUAUUGGUGAUGCACAUUGUCAAGCAUUUUACAGUGUUUUUUUUUA